AAAAUGAACUUUGUUUAACAUAUUCAGAAGAUUUUAAAAAUUUAUUACGGAUGUCCGAGGACCAUUUUAAUUAUCUCUUGGAACGUAUAUCUAAUCGCAUACAAAAAUCCGACACCCAUCUAAGAGAAGCUAUUCCUGCCCAAACGAAACUUGAAAUAACUCUUCGCUAUUUGGUUACCGGCGACAUCUUCAAAAGCCUGGAAUUUUUGUUUAAAGUUCCAAAAAGCACAAUAAGUAAAUUUUUGCCAGACGUCUUGGAUAACAUAUAUAUCUGUCUGCAAGAAUGGAUAGAGGUCCCUAACACAAUCGAAAAGUGGCAACAAAUAGUAAACGGGUUUUGCACUAAAUGGAACUUUCCCAACUGUAUAGGGGCGAUAGAUGGUAAACAUAUAGUUAUCAAAGCACCACAAAACAGCGGCUCUGACUAUUUCAACUAUAAAAAGGAUAACAGUAUUAUUUUACUAGCGCUGGUGGACCGUGAUUACUGUUUUACAUAUAUCGAUGUUGGUGCAAAAGGAAGAGCUUCAGAUGGCGGGGUUUGGCAACAUUGUUCUUUGCGGCAUACUAUUGAGACCCGGGAUCUGAAUAUUCCUUUAAACGGAAUAAUAGUCGGCGAUGAUGCAUUUCCAUUGAAGACUUUUCUUUUGAAACCUUACAGCAGGAGACAACUAACACGCGAAGAAAAAAUUUUCAACUAUAGACUGUCUCGAGCUCGACGUACAUCUGAAAACGCCUUUGGUAUUUUAGUAAGCAAAUUUCGCGUAUUUGAAAAACCAAUUCCGUUAAGUCCUGAAAAAGUUGAUAAAGUGGUACCAUCAUGUUGUGCCUUACAUAACUGGUUGCGCAAAACAGGCACUACCUAUGUACCAUUUGGUCUUAUUGAUUAUGAAGAUAUGAAUCAUAUAAGCCAGCCGGGAUCAUGGAGAGAUUGUAAAAGUGAUGGUCUUGUAAAUAUUCAGCUAUUAACAGGUGAUAGAAAUUCUACCAGAGUUGCAUCACAAAAACGAGAUAAUUACUGUAAAUAUUUUAAUGGUGAAAGUGCUGUUCCAUGGCAAUGGCGGAUUAUAGAUUAAAGGAA